AAAGGAUUUUCCAAAGAGGCAUUGCAUAACAUUCCCACAUUUUUUAGGCUUGCCAUUCCUUCAGCUGUUAUGGUUUGCUUGGAAAUGUGGUCAUUUGAAUUGAUGGUUCUCCUUUCUGGUCUUCUUCCAAAUCCAAAGUUGGAAACAUCGGUUCUUUCCAUCUGCUUGAACAGCAGUACAACUGUUUGGAUGAUUUCCUUUGGACUCAGUGGAGCAGUNAGCAUUCGUGUCUCAAAUGAACUUGGAGCUGGUCGUCCAUGGAUUGCACGCUUAGCAAUUCGUGUUGUCUUAGCAAUAGCCAUUAUUCANGGCAUCUUAGUGGGAACAGUGAUGAUACUUAUACGCAACAUAUGGGGCUAUGCAUAUAGCAAUGAAGUAGAAGUGGUCAAAUAUGUAGCAAUUAUGUUUCCAAUUCUGGCAGCAUCCAGCUUUCUGGAUGGCCUCCAAUGUGUUCUUUCAGGCACUGCUAGAGGAUGUGGCUGGCAGAAAAUUGGUGCAUUUGUGAAUCUGGGGUCAUACUAUUUAGUUGGAAUUCCAUCAGCUAUUGUGUUAGCUUUUGUAUUGCAUAUUGGUGGGAAGGGGCUCUGGUUGGGAAUCAUAUGUGGUCUAAUUGUUCAAGUUUGUUCUUUAAUGAUCAUUACUAUUCGUACUGAUUGGGAGCAACAGGCAAAGAAAGCAACAGAUAGAGUCUACAAUUCAGUAACACCAGAAAGCUUAGUCUCAUGAAAGUGCAAUAUCUUUGGAAUUGCACAUUCUUAGUUAAAUUCUAGUGAAUGAAAUUAAAGCAAUAUAAGUUUUGUUAUUCUUCUUUGCAGGAAAACUUUAGGGACAAUUUUAUUAUGUAUGGUUGAAAGAUAAUAGAUAUCAUAUGA